UGGGCAGCGCGCUGUGGGCGGGGAAGGGCAGCGACGGGGCGAGGCGGGGCGUGCUAUGGUGUGGUGCGGUGCGUUUGGUUGGUGCCUACCUAGGUACUUACUUGCUUAGUUCACUGGUGGUUGGCUGGCUGGCUUGCUGCGAGGUGGAGGCUGGUGGGUGUGUUAGGCUGCCUUUCGCUUUCUUCUCUUCUUCUCGUUCUCUUUUCCUCGCUUUGGCAUUUGGUCCGUCCUGUUCUGGUUCUGUGGUGGCGAGGAUGGCGUGUUUCUUUGUGAGAGCGGACAGACAGACAGUGGUGGCUGGCCGACUGACUGACUGUAGUCUAGACCUCCGGCUCGUUCGCUCACUCACUCUCCUAAUCCGUCUGUCUGGUACAUGCCAUCCUUACCCUCUUUCCUUUUACUUUUUUACUUUUUUACUUUUCUCUUUCCUUUCUUUUCUACUCUCCUCUUCCCGUCCCCAAUCCCACACCAGACAUACAAUAACAACAACGAGAACAAGAACAAGAAAAAGAACAAGAAGCCAAAAAAAGAGCCAGGAAAAUCUGAAAACCCCCCUCUCUCCCCUCACUCUUACCCAAGCCACACAAGCCCCCCUAGCCCGGCUUAGUCUAUUCCAUCCACCGCCAGCAAAGUCACUGCCUUAGUAUUCUGAAUACCACUGUUUCAUCUCAUCCCCAUAAAAAAGCAACAGAACCGAAAUACAAGACAACAAGACAACAAACCCAACCCUCUCAACCCAUCCCACCCUCCACAGAUCCAUACAUACAUAUGCACCAGCAAAGUGAUUAGUAGUUCCCAAGUCCCAAAAACACUAUCCCCACCCAGCACUACACUACACUACACUACCUCACUAAACGCGCACACACACACGCACACACACAAACACAAAAGCAAACAAACAACCGCACCCCUUCCCAGCCCAAUCCUCGCAUAACACCGCAAAAUACAAAAUACACGCGUGCAGAAAGCGGGAAAGGCGUACCUAGAAGGCAGAGCCGGG